AUGAUCCCUGAGGCCUUGGAGCAGAAAAUUAUCGAAAGCAAGAAAGAGGGACUGACACCGAUGUUCGUGUGCUGUACGGCCGGUACGACGGUCUAUGGUGCAUGGGAUCCUAUUGAUAAGAUAGCCGAUAUCUGCGAACGACACAAGAUCUGGUUACAUGUCGAUGCCGCAUGGGGUGGCGGAUUGUUGCUGUCACCGGAGCAUCGUUACAAACUCGCUGGCAUCGAGCGAGCCAACAGUGUCACAUGGAAUCCUCACAAGUUGAUGGGCGCCCUGCUACAGUGUUCGGCGUGUCUGUUCAGACAGGAUGGUCUACUGUUCCAAUGCAAUCAGAUGUCAGCUGAUUAUCUGUUCAUGCAAGAUAAGCCCUAUGAUGUCAGUUAUGAUACCGGUGACAAAGCGAUUCAAUGUGGACGACAUAAUGACGUGUUCAAAUUGUGGCUAAUGUGGAAGAGUAAGGGAAUGGAAGGCUACAGGCAGCAGAUCAAUAGAUUGAUGGACUUGGCUGCGUACUUCACUCAAAGAAUUCGUGAAACGGAAGGAUAUGAACUCGUUGUUGAUCCACCCGAAUUUUUGAAUAUCUGCUUCUGGUAUGUUCCAAGCAACCUACGAGGUUUGGAUCCGGCCGAAAAGAAAGCCAGAUUGGAGAAGAUAGCUCCGAAAAUCAAAGCUCGAAUGAUGGAGCGUGGUACGACGAUGGUCGGCUAUCAACCAGACAAGCAACGACCGAAUUUCUUCCGAAUGAUCAUUUCCAGCCAAGCGAUCACCAGAGACGAUCUGGAUUUUCUUAUUCAAGAAAUCGUUGAUCUUGGGGAAUCACUUUAG